AUGUGGGACGGACUCCUUUGCUGUGUCGUGGCAGCGAUCGGCUUUGGCAGUGUCUUCGUCCCAAUGAGGAGACACCCAAUGGGAGAUGGCUUCUUUGCUCAACUCUUCCUCUGUUUGGGCUCUUUUCUGAUCGUUUUCCCGGUGGGUUUAUGGUAUCCACCGGUGAUCUACCCAGAAGCAAUGAUUGGAGCAUUUUUGUGGUGCUUUGGAAAUUCUGUUUGCGUGAUGUUGAUGAAUCGAGUGGGUAUGGCUCAAGGAAUGCUUUUGUGGAACACGACGAGUUGCUUGAUGGGAUGGGCCACAUCUAGAUUCGGCUUCUUUGGAGUGAUCCCUCAACUACCGCAAAGCUUCACCUUAAACUAUAUUGGGGUUGCAUUACUGAUUACUGGAGCCACUUGUUAUCUCUUUAUCAAGAGCACCCUCACCUCAUCAAGCAGCUCAACAAAAGAACUCGAAAAACAAGACAAACAAGUCGAUCCAGAAUCAGUGCAUGUUUCAUCCAUUGAGAGAACUAUUGCAAUGGGCUGCUGUGUGGUGAUCGGUUUAUUGUUCGGCUCAUUUUAUACACCAAUUGCUUACUUACAGAGUAAAGUCGACGAAGGCUACCCAUCAACAGGCCUCGAUUACAUUUUCUCGUUUUUCAUUGGAGUUGUCGUCACGUCAUUUUUGAUCUUCAUCGUUUAUUGUUAUGUGAAAAAAGGAAAACCAGAAUGUGAUCCAAACAUCGCUUUGCCAGCCUUCUAUGGUGGUUUAAUGUUUGGCGCAUCGAUGUGCUUUUUCUUGGUGGCAAACGAGAAAUUGUCUCCGACAGUAGCAUAUCCAAUCGUGGCGAUGUUGCCCGGAUUUGUCGUCUCUUUAUGGAGUGUGAUCUACUUCAAAGAGAUUACGGGCAAACGAAAUCUGACUCUCCUCGGUGUCGCUUAUGCUCUAACAUUAAGGCCAUUGAAAGUCGGUGAUGUCAUCAAUGUGAAAGGAAAAAUACAGAAUGGACCUUAUAGUUGGGCUUGCAACUUUGAACAAACUUUUCUCAACAAUGUUUUCAUUCAUGUCGUUUCUCGAAACUUUGAAAGGAAAACGGUUUUCAGUGCAAGGCCUGGUUGUUGUGCGUCGGAAUGGCAAAAAGGCGAUCACCACGACGGACUUCCCUACAUUGGAGGUGCUCACUUUGAAGCAAGAUUUGAAGUUUUGAGUCAAAACUCGAUCCGAGUCACCUAUCCAAGUCAUAAUGGCGCUUUUGGCGGUGCGGUCUACGAACAACGCGGUGCUCCUAAAUUGCAUGUGAAUAUGGCGAACAUGAGAGCGAUUAGAUGCUACGGUUCCUUGGACUCGGUAACAUUUGAGGGCGAUAUUCUUGAGAAGCGAAUGCAUCGAGGAUUGGGCAGUUGUCCGGCUGAGUUCCCGAAAAAUUGGAGCCCAGACCGGCCACAUCCACAAAACCAUAGCAGCAGUCACGAGCAUGGUUCUGUCACCCGUCACCCUCAACCACAUGCUAGUAGAGAUAGCUCUUCGGAUUCUGAUGAGCAUGGUGGAGGGAACGCCGCAAGAACGCAUUCGCCACAAGUAGGAGGUGGAAAGGGGAAUGCUGGGAACAAUGGAGGAGCGGGUGGUGGGAGAGGUGGACGAGGGAACGCUGGAGCUGGUGGCAAUGGUGGCCAUAAAACCAUCGAGAUUAUCGUCCAAAACGAGAUUUUCGGAGAGACCCAACUC